AACGGAGAUGUCUUGGUUUCCUCUGGUAUUGUAGCAUACCUUGGAGCAUUUACUUCAGCCUUCAGACUGGUAAACUUUUAGCUUGAGACUGUAUUUUGAGGAAAUUUGCAUAGCUAAACGUUUUUUCAAGUUUCCAAGAAUAAAUAAAAGAAAAAGUAGUUUUGUUUUCAUUCUGUCAACAGGAAGAAUCAAUGAGUUGGUUAAAGGAAGUCAGGAGAAUGAACAUUUCAUGUGCUGAAGAUUUCUCCCUGACCAACACUUUGGGAGAUCCUGUGAAAAUUAGAUCUUGGAAUAUUGCAGGACUUCCAACAGACAGCUUUUCUGUAGAAAAUGGAAUUAUCAUUAGGUUUGUCAAGCCAUUUUAAAGUGUUCACAGUUAUAGAUUUGAUCAGCUUGAAAAGGAAGUAUGAAAUAAAAACCCCAUGCCUGGCUAUUUAGAUAGGAGAAUAUUUUUUCCCUCAAUCCUAGAAUUUCAUCAGAAUUACCCCACACAAUCAAUGAGCACCUCUCCUCACAAGCAUUGAGUUCCUCCCCAUACACUCAAUAGUGCAAUGUUGUCUUUAUUUUUCUGAAAUUGUUGGUGAAAUAAAUCUGUGGCGUAAAAGUGGGUGGGUCAUUAGAAUGUUAGUAUAGUUCAGGGGCGGGAAAAAUAUGUGCGGUUGCGAGCCUUAGGUUGAGGGGCACUAAAAGGUAUUUGUAUCAAGUGCGUUACUUGUAUGCAUGUUUUGCCCAAUGUUGAGCCCCACCCACUAGAGCACAAUAUAUAACAUAUCAAGGAUUUAGUUUUAAAAAAUGUUUAAGGGUUGUUUAAUUUUACCUUACAUUAUCAUUAUCAUUAUCACACUAGUUGAGAAGGAUUUCCCCUUUUUGUGCCGGCCGUUUGUCCAUCUUCUUAUCUUGGUUAUGGGUACAAGUUGACAGGAAUAUUUAUCAGUCUCAAACAUUAAUAAGAUUUUUUUAAUAAAAGAAAAGACAUAACUCCAUUUUUUUAACAUGAGCUUGAUUAUAUUAUGUUAACAUGAGCUUGAUUAUAUUAUGUUAACAUGAGGUUGAUUAUAUUAUGUUAACAUGAGGUUGAUUAUAUUAUGUUAACAUGAGCUUGAUUAUAUUAUGUUAACAUGAGCUUGAUUAUAUUAUGUUAACAUGAGCUUGAUUAUAUUAUGUUAACAUGAGGUUGAUUAUAUUAUGUUAACAUGAGCUUGAUUAUAUUAUGUUAACAUGAGCUUGAUUAUAUUAUGUUAACAUGAGCUUGAUUAUAUUAUGUUAACAUGAGCUUGAUUAUAUUAUGUUAACAUGAGCUUGAUUAUAUUAUGUUAACAUGAGCUUGAUUAUAUUAUGUUAACAUGAGCUUGAUUAUAUUAUGUUAACAUGAGCUUGAUUAUAUUAUGUUAACAUGAGGUUGAUUAUAUUAUGUUAACAUGAGCUUGAUUAUAUUAUGUUAACAUGAGUUUGAUUAUAUUAUGUUAACAUGAGCUUGAUUAUAUUAUGUUAACAUGAGCUUGAUUAUAUUAUGUUAACAUGAGCUUGAUUAUAUUAUGUUAACAUGAGCUUGAUUAUACUCUGUUCACAUGAGCUUGAUUAUAUUAUGUUAACAUGAGCUUGAUUAUAUUAUGUUAACAUGAGCUUGAUUAUAUUAUGUUAACAUGAGCUUGAUUAUAUUAUGUUAACAUGAGCUUGAUUAUAUUAUGUUAACAUGAGCUUGAUUAUAUUAUGUUCACAUGAGCUUGAUUAUAUUAUGUUAACAUGAGCUUGAUUAUAUUAUGUUAACAUGAGCUUGAUUAUAUUAUGUUAACAUGAGCUUGAUUAUACUCUGUUCACAUGAGCUUGAUUAUAUUAUGUUAACAUGAGCUUGAUUAUAUUAUGUUCACAUGAGCUUGAUUAUAUUAUGUUAACAUGAGCUUGAUUAUACUCUGUUCACAUGAGCUUGAUUAUAUUAUGUUAACAUGAGCUUGAUUAUACUCUGUUCACAUGAGCUUGAUUAUAUUAUGUUAACAUGAGCUUGAUUAUAUUAUGUUAACAUGAGCUUGAUUAUAUUAUGUUAACAUGAGCUUGAUUAUACUCUGUUCACAUGAGCUUGAUUAUACUCUGUUCACAUGAGCUUGAAUAUUAUGUUAACAUGAGCUUGAUUAUAUUAUGUUAACAUGAGCUUGAUUAUACUCUGUUCACAUGAGCUUGAUUAUAUUAUGUUAACAUGAGCUUGAUUAUAUUAUGUUAACAUGAGCUUGAUUAUAUUAUGUUAACAUGAGCUUGAUUAUAUUAUGUUAACAUGAGCUUGAUUAUAUUAUGUUAACAUGAGCUUGAUUAUAUUAUGUUAACAUGAGCUUGAUUAUACUCUGUUCACAUGAGCUUGAUUAUAUUAUGUUAACAUGAGCUUGAUUAUAUUAUGUUAACAUGAGCUUGAUUAUAUUAUGUUAACAUGAGUUUGAUUAUACUCUGUUCACAUGAGCUUGAUUAUAUUAUGUUAAGAUGAGUUUGAUUAUAUUCUGUUAACAUGAGUUUGAUUAUAUUUGUUAACAUGAGCUUGAUUAUAUUAUGUUAACAGCUUGAUCAUAAGGUUGAUUAAAUUUUGAAACUAUAGAACUUUCACUCAAAAAAUUAUAUUUUCCCCACUGUGUAUAAAUAAUUGUAAAUUAUUAAUUUUUUUUAUCCAACUAACAACACUGAUGAUGUUCCAUUUGACUAGUAACUCCAACCGAUGGCCCUUGAUGAUUGACCCACAAGGCCAGGCCAACAAAUGGAUUAAAAACAUGGAGAAGCAGAAUAACCUCCAUGUCAUCAAGCUCACAGACC